ACUUGUGUUUGUGGGUUGUUAUCUUUUGAGUAGUGUUUAUUUCUCUCUGCGUCACGGUUUGUUGUUUUUGUUAUUCAAGUUAUUGGUGCAUCGCAAAUGUUUCACGGAAUAAAUAUGUGGAACCACAACCAUGCUGCACUUUGGUCCGAUCCUUCCGACAGCCGUGACACCUAGUGUCCACUUCCUGCCUGUAUUCUCUAUGUUCAGCCAACAGACACACCCAGAAUGAGGCGAAUGCGCCCAAAAUCAAUAGUAAUAAAUUAUGACUUUAUGAUUAGUUAGAGUAUAUCACUUUCCAAAUGUACCAAUAGCUGUCUUACUGAUGCAUGUACUGCACGACUGUAUACAGAGCUUUAUAAAAGCUAUCUGCAGGAUGCCUCAGGCCCCUGAUAGUUUUGGUGGCUCCUACAAGGGGAUGUUGCACUCCGGUGGCAGACUGUGUCAAGUCAUCACGUUGUGCCUUAUUACAAUAGAGAAGUCAGAGAUGUCCUGUCAGAAUGUUGCAACCAAUUGCAAAUGUUCCAAUGUUCCAUCAACUGUAGCAAACAUCCUCUUUAUUCUGAUGUUUGUCAUUGGUUCAGCAUUAAGCAAACAGGGUUUGGAUUUCCCUUUAUUUCACAAUGCAUAUAAAAGAAAAGACAGCUUCUUGCUUUGAUUGAACACCCUGUGCCAUUUUGGAUAUAUCUGUCAUCUCAAUAUCCAUGAUCUCUAUUAUUCAGUCACAGUAUUUUUCUGUCUCUAUGUUUAUUUGAGGUGUAUUGUUACUGUGAAAGGCACCUCAACAUCACAGAUGGGUCUGUGGUUUAUUGCUUUCACCAUUUUUCUGUUGAAAGGUGCUCUCUGCCAACAGUGGAGUCUGUGGAUGCCCCAAAGCAUUGUGGCUGUUGGUGGAUCCUGCCUAAUGGUCCCAUGUAGAUUCCAGAUCCCUGCCGAGUUUGAUGCUCCCUUGAAAAACUGCACACUCCAUGGGCUUUGGAAGAAACAUUCAGAAUGGGGAAAUAUCGUUUUCCACUCAGCCCAAACGGAUGCCAAGAACAUCAUCAAGGGAGUGAUGUUGGGAAAUCUGUUGAACAAGAACUGCACCACUAUUUUCAACAGUUUCUCUGCAGGAUAUGAUGACACGUAUAUCUUUAGGCUGGAAUGUGCUGGAACAAAUCCCCUCAAGUAUAGCUUUCUACCAGGUGUAAAUAUCAAUCAUACAGGCAGAGCAGGCAACAGAUGGCACACAGACAGCAGAGUUGGGGACAGAUAUGCAGGGACAGACUGGCAGAGACAGGGAGUCUCAGUCACCCCACCCAGACCCCAACUGAUCCCUAUGGGCAACAUCAUAGAGGGGGAGCAGGGUACACUGAGCUGCUCUGCCCCCGCCCCUUGCCCUACAUUGCCACCCUCCCUGACCUGGACCUCUGGGCUGGGUGGAAGUGUUGAGAGCCAGCUACAGGAGGGUAUAGAUGGGCUCAUGACCAUGAUCUCCACCCUGACCUUUACCGCCUCCCUCCCCCAUCACGGGCUGAUGGUCAAAUGCUCUGCCCGCUACACACUGCAGCCAGGGGGCACCACCAAGACGACUCAGGGGAACCUGACCCUCAAUGUUCUGUAUGCCCCUAAAAACACUGUAGCCCUGUCCAACCCAACAGGGCCUGUGCCUGAGGGUAGGGCAGUGACCCUGACCUGCCAGAGUGAUGCCAACCCACCGGUGGAGCGCUACUCCUGGUACAAAGACAUCAGUGGGCAGGUGACCUGGAAGGCCAAUGGGCAGACACUAGUCCUCCUGGUCAGCAAGGCGGACAGCGGGCUCUACCUCUGUGAGGCCCACAACCAGAACGGAUCACAGAGGUCAAAGGCCAUGCCUCUGGAGUUCGAAAGUGACCAAUUUUUUAAGAUGGCCCCCUACAUCAUCUGUGGAGUGAUGGUGUUGCUUUAUGUUCUGACCGUCACCGUGGAUGUGUAUAAAUAUAAAAGUCUCUCCAGAAGACUGAAACAGAUCGAGCUCUCCCUCUCAGGGAAAGCGGACAACACAUACACCAACCUAAGGAUCGCCAGCACCAGCUCUGACUAUGACGAACUCCAGAUGACUAGGGCUGCCCCAGGUAAAGCUCGCGCUCAUGAAAACCCCAAUGGAAUUGGCAGAAGAAGUGAAAUAGCUGCGCCCUGAAACCACAUGGCAAAACAGCUCCAGAUUUGACCUUUUCAUUUUAGCUUUCGUAUGGAAAAUGAUCAUCUUGUAUCUUUUGCUUCGGAUUAUACUAUAUCAUUUUUAGUCACAAAAGACAUGAUAUUAUAUAUUUUAACCUGAUGUUUUCUGAAUGUCAUCACCUCUGCUACUGUACUUCGCCUGAAAGAGUUCAAAAUGAUUCAGAGGCGUCAUGCACCUGAUUUUUAAAAAAAGGGGGCAUUGAUGGCCAAAUUGGAUAUCUUUGGAUUCAUGCGUAAGAUGAACCAUAACUUCUGUAUUUUCAGUGUACAAAUGGAUAAACUCAAUGGGCAUAAUGCCUCUGUGUUGCCCCUGUGAGCUAUGUAUUUACAUCUCAAUGUGUAAGACUGUGUAUCUGGAUUAAUGCAAUGCUUUAUGCACUGAUAGUUGUAUUUCCUAAAAUAGUACUAAAUUGUUCUUGAAGGAUUUUGGUUUGUGGUUGAGCAUCAUCAGUGUAUUGCUGUCGUCUUCUCUGUAAAGGAUGUUAAACCAUGCAGGGGAUUGUGGGUUGUGUGGUAAUCAGUCGGAUAAAUCUGUUAAUGCCA